UGAAACCAUAACAACAGAUUUCAAGUAUCUUUACACAAUAGCGAUAACCUUAAAUGUCUUACAAUCCUCUAAUCUUCACUAUGGAGCAUCUAACAGAUAAAUCAACUUUCUGACCUAGCAUAUCCUUUGAUAACGCAAACUAAACAUCACCAUUGCAAUUUUAAUACUUUUUAAAACAAUUGCAUUAUUAACUGAGGUUUGAAAACUUUGAGAUAGUAAUCGAUAAUUAAUUAAUUAAUUGUAGAUGUAUUCAGGGAUUCCAGUGAAUCAUUUACGUGUCACGUGACCAGAUACUGGUGUAAGUACCUCCCAACUGGAAAUAAAUAAAUACACGAGUUUCUAUAUUUGGAAGCUAAAUGAAAACCAUGUUCGAUUACAUUGUUUUAGAAAGUAGUGAUAUACAUUGGAAAUUAUUCAAAUAUACCAUAGACUAUAUACUAGAUAUUGGAAAAUUAGUGUGAUAUUCCAUGGAUGUAAUACUAUAUAUGAAAUACGGUUAGCCUGAUACAAAUGAGAUUUGUCGUGACAAUAUAUUAUAGUGCAUGGCAGAAAAUAAAUAUCGAAUUCGAACACGGAUAUGUUUUUGGUAAUUGCUGUAGUUACUGGUUUACUGAUAUCUAAAAGAGCCUCACUAAACAUCGAUCCUUCAGACUGUGAUGCUACUGCUAAGAAUCCAACAAAGGAAACUCUAGAACAAAUGUACAAUGAAUGGUUAAGAGUGAACACACCAAUCCAUCCUUCAUUUGAUUUGCAGCCACCUUUGUAUAAAUUCCGAUACAAAAAUAUCUUUAUUGAGGAUAAGUUUGUUUUUAGGUGGAGGAUUCUUGGGAAACCAAAAUGUCAUAAAAAGUUAAACAGAUCUAGUGGCGAUUUAAUGGACAUCUCUUUAUGUCCUUGGUAUGUUGAGAUGACAUAUGAUCCAGAUAGAUAUCCAGAAAGUCUUACAAGCGCAAGAUGCAAAUGCAAACAUUGUUAUAGCUUCGAUGGUUUCAAGUAUGGGCGAGAAAAACGGUUGAAUAUCCCCAGGUGCAAAGAAAUAAAACAAAUGAUCAAAGUUCUCAAAAUACAAAAGAACCAUAAUGGAAUUAAGGUUUGUCAACACAAUAAUAACAAACUAUUUUUAUUCAAGGAAUCUUAUGAAGAAAUAACAGUAGGAUGCACAUGUGCUCUUAAAGGUGAUAAACGGGUACAACAAAGCAACUUUAAAACAGGAAGUUAGUUUUU